CGUCGCCGAACGCAAGUUACGGCUUGCGCGAUUACUGGCGGAGGAGCACGAGUGCCGAAUCAGCACAAGUGCCGCUGGAGAAGCCACUCGGCGUCGGCCGCGUGACGCGACCCAAGCGCAUUUGCGCUCUCUCGCCGGCGGACGCGCAAACGGCUGGCUUACGUGUCCCACGGUCGCGUCUGAGAUGCCGCGCCGAGAGAUGGCCGCGGCCGGCAGGGACAGCGCCGAAGUGCCGCGCGACGCCAUCCACGCGGCCGUCGCCGACGGGAAUGCGGAUCUCGUCGAGGAGCUUCUCGGCAGUGGGAUAUCCCCAAAUCUGCAGAACCGCCAAGGGGACACGCCGCUGCACGUGGCAAGUCGCUCCGGCGACUCGAUGAAAAUCGACUCGACCGUCAGAUUGGCGAUGCUAAAGCUCCUGUGGGAAGGCGGCGCGGCGAUGAACGCCAGGGGGCCGCGCAAGGAAACUGCACUGCACGUGGCCGUCAAGUCGCAGCUGGUCGACGUCGUUGACUUUCUACUGAGGAGCGGCGCCGUGGCCAACUGUCGCGACCGCGACGAGAGGACGCCUCUGCACCUGUGCGCCUCGGCGAGUGACGAUUCCGAGGCGAAUCGCAGGAUCGUCGAUCUGCUGCUGCGGCACGGCGGCAACUUUCACGCGCAGGACUGUCGGUGGAAGGACCCGCUGGUCGAGGCCGUUUGCAGCGGAAACGCGAGCGUCGCCGAGCUUUUGCUGAGGGCCGGGGCUCGAGUCGACCACGUGAACCGCUUGGGCCUGAGCGCGAUAUUCUACGCCUGCGAGACCCAAAGCGUAACGAUGGUCGAGCUGCUGCUGCUCGGACACCGGGCGAGCGUCGGCAUCCGCGACCGUCGCAAGAGGUCGACCGCGCUGCACUUCGCGGCUGGCAGCGGGCGCUACUACACGUUCGGCGACGACUCUGCCAAUCGUUCCGACGCGAUAGCAAAGCUGCUGCUCGACGCCGGGGCUCGGGUCGACGCCGCCGACGUGGACAAGUCGACGGCGCUGCACAUCGCGGUCGACACCAAGGACCGAGCGCUCGUCGAGGUUCUGCUGGACGCCGGUGCCGACGUCGACGCCAAGGACGACUAUGGCAACACGCCGCUUCACGUUCUGCUGUUCACCGCGCAAGAGCACAACUGCAACGAGGCGAGACUGGAGAGAAUCGCGAAAUUACUGGUCGACAAGGGUGCCAACGUGAACGAGCGCAACAACAAUCUCGAGACUCCUUUUCAUUACGCCGUGUGGCGGGGAAAUCCUACGAUAGCGUCGAGCUUCCUGAAGAACGGCGCGAACGUAGGAGUCCUCUGGCACGCGCAGAAGGCCAGCUUCAAGUUUCUCCACGAGACACCGGCCUGCAACACUCCUGAAAAGUGCGGCGACAACGUCGACGAAGCUUUCACUCCGUUGAACGUCGCUGUCAAGCUCGGGCACGUCAAGUUGGUCAAUUUGCUGUUGGAUCGCGGAGACGUCGACGUCGAGACUAGCAAUGUUACCGAUAGUCAUGCCGUUACUAAGACGUCUUUGUAUUUUGCCACUAAGAAUGGACAUUACGAGGUGGUUAAGUUACUCCUGGACGCCGGUUGUUUGAUUAACAGAUUUGUGUUACAUGACACGACAGUACUUCACGUGGCUGUGUCCCAAGGAAACGCUGCUUUAGUUUAUCUGCUGCUCGAGUAUAACGUGAAUUUCCAAGUCAAGGACUUUUCCGGUAGAACCGCGCUCGGUUGUGCAGUCGAGUACGAACGCGAAUCGCUGGAGAAAAUUGCGAAAAUCCUGGUAAUGCAUUACGCCAAGCUAGAAUUCCGGAACGGCAGCGUGAGCGGAGAUGAUCGCAAAGCUGUGGCGUUGAAAAGGAAAUUGCGCGAGUACAAGCUCGAUUGUGAGAAUGAAUUGGCGAGGAUGAAGGAGGAAAUCGUCUGCGAUAACAUUUCGAUGCAUACAAUUUUGAGCAAGAGCGUCGAUUCUUUGGCGUUGUGUUUGGGCAAUGAGAGCAUUGUCGAGUGUUUUGUUGGCGCUAACGUCGAAGACAGAUACCCGAUUUAUUGCGACAUGCUGAGGAUUCAUUUUGACCUGGCGUUGGAACGACGACAACUGUUGGACGUCGCGAAAAUAACGUUGCACUCGCUUUUCCGAAAAGUUAUCGAGAGCUUGGGAUACGAGCGUGUACCCGACGUGAUUAUACAGCGUUUGUUGGAAAUGUGCAAUGUCAGAGACUUACAAAAAAUUGGUUUGAUAUUGGGUUGAGAGAAAA